AUGUUCAGCACACUCCUCGCUGCAACCAUGGCUACCCCUCUCGCUGCACCUUCCGCAGUCAUCGGCACAACAGCCCUCUUCUUCACAGGAGCUCUCGUGAUGAGAGGCGCCGGAUGCACGAUCAACGACCUUUGGGACCGCAACCUCGAUCCACACGUCGAACGUACGCGAUUGCGUCCCAUAGCACGACGAGCAAUCACACCUCAGCAGGCUAUUGUCUUCCUUGGAGGACAGCUUACGACCGGUUUGGCUGUUCUCCUAUCACUCCCAUUCGAAUGCUUCUGGUACGCGACGCCAUCACUUGUUCUCGUUACGCUUUAUCCUUUGGCAAAACGGGUAACGUACUAUCCUCAAUUCGUCCUCGGUCUUACGUUCUCAUGGGGUGCGAUGAUGGGCUUCCCUGCGCUGGGUGUUGACCUGCUGGCGAAUCAAGCAGCGCUCACUGCGGCAGCUUGCCUUUACGCUAGUAACGUUGCGUGGACUGUCCUUUACGAUAUGAUCUACGCGCACAUGGAUAUCAAAGAUGAUGUCAAAGCUGGCAUCAAGAGUAUUGCACUCAAGCAUGAGAAGGAGACCAAGAUGGUAUUGUCGGGUCUGGCCGUUGUUCAGCUCGGCUUAUUAUCCGCUACUGGAGUCGCAGCAGGUUUAGGACCGGUCUACUUCGUCGGGUCGGUCGGGGGAGCAGCAGUCACCUUAGGAACGAUGAUCCGACGAGUGAAGCUGAAGGAAGUCAAGAACUGCUGGUGGUGGUUUGUGAAUGGUGCAUGGUUCACUGGCGGUGCGAUCAGUCUGGGUCUCGCCGGAGAGUAUAUCACACACCUCUUUGGUUGGUAUGGGAAUUUUGAAGAGGAGAGGAGGUCUAUUGCCAUCUGA